UACAAAUUUCGAUUCGAAAAGUUUGGUUUUCAGUCACAAUAUAAGAAAACAGGAUUUUUUAUAUAUUUUUAGUGAUAUUGCGUGAGUUUUUGGGUUCAUAACAUUAGUAACAUUAAAGAUGACAACUGCCGCCAGACCAACAUUUGAGCCUGCCAGAGGGGGCAGAGGAAAGGGUGAAGGUGAUUUAUCAGCUUUGUCAAAGCAAUAUUCCAGUCGAGAUUUACCAUCACACAAUAAACUUAAACGAAGACAAACUGGCCAAGACAGUAUCGAUGAAUUACGAGAGAAAGAUUUCAAACGCGAUUUAGAAGAAAGAGAACGGCAAGCAGUGAGAGAAAGAACAAGAGAAAGGGGGAGUCGAACUGAAUCAAAAAGAUCAAAACUAGAUCAAUUACCACCAGCAAAUUUAGAUGCAGAUGAUCCUGUCGAUGACGAUGAUUCUGAUGAUUCUAAUGAAAGUGAUGAUGAAGAUGACACUGCUGAGCUUUUAGCAGAAUUGCAAAGAAUAAAGAAAGAAAGAGCACAAGAGGAAGCCAGAAAGGAACAAGAAAAGAAGGCUGAAGAAGAGCGAAUAAGAACAGAAAAUUACUUGCAAGGAAAUCCGUUAUUAAAAACAUCUUCUAAUUUUCAAGUUAAACGAAGGUGGGAUGAUGAUGUUGUUUUUAAAAAUUGUGCAAAAGGCAUUCCAGAAAAAGGAAAGGAAGGAAAGUUUAUCAAUGAUACCUUAAGGUCUGAAUUUCACAAGAAGUUUAUGAACAAAUAUAUUAAGUAAGGAUGAAAACAAUUAUCGAACAACACACUAAUGUUUGCUGGGAUGAUGUAUAAUACAUGGCAUUUGUUAUUGUAAAUACCUUAAAUAAACAUGUUCGUGAAAUACUGUACUGACUGUACACAUAUUAGCUAUAGAGGCUGUAGAACUGUAUAAUAUAAAACAUGCUAUGAAAAUAAACAUCUUGUCAAGCUGGA